AUGAAGCGGCCCGCGGGAGCCUCGAUGGGCGGGGCGCUCAAGAAGACGAAGGGCAUCAAGGAUGCAAUCUUGGCGACCGAGGGCUACCCUGAGGAUGUGCUCACAAUGCUCGCGGGCAACUUGGACAAGAUCAUGAGUACAUGCAAGGAGGAGCGCCACAAGCACCAGUCGACGGCCGCCGACAUGGUCUCCAGCGUCCUGAAGGCUGGCGUGACCGCGGCGGAGGGCGAGGUUGCAUCGGCGCAGGCGAAGGCAGGCAAGCCGCAGGAGGAACACUAG